UACCUUGCAAUACAUGAGAAUACAUGGCCACACGUCCACAUGGCCACACGUCCACAUGGCCACAUGGCCACAUGGCCACAUGGCAACACGGCCACACGGCCACACAGCCACAUGGCCACAUGGCCACACGGCCACAGGGCCACAGGGCCACACGGCCACAGGGCCACAGGGCCACAUGGCCACGCGGCCACACGGCCACAUGGCAACGCGGCCAUACGGCCACACAGCCACACGGUCACAUGGCCACACGGCCACAUGGACACACGGCCACAUGGCCACAUGGCCACACAGCCACAUGGCCACACGGCCACACGGCCUUACAGG